AUGUUUGUCUACUUAAGUAAGAAGAUAGCGAUUCCCAACAACCAUAAGGUGCGAGGACUGGCCUGGAGUCGGGAUCACGGGUUCAUCGCGUGUGGCGGCGAAGACGGCCUCUUGAAAGUGCUUAAACUAGAGUCGGGCGGUCCGGACGCCGGCGCCGAUGGCAACAAAGCUCAGGCCAAAGGGUUGGCCGCAUCCAGAAAUCUGUCGAUGAAUCAGACACUGGAGGGACACUCGGGAACCGUUGAGAACAUGUGUUGGAACGAACCGUUCCAGAAGUUGACGUCCAGCGACCAGAACGGACUGAUCAUCGUCUGGAUGUUAUACAAGGGCUCGUGGUAUGAAGAGAUGGUCAACAAUCGCAACAAAUCGGUGGUGCGGGGGAUGGCCUGGACUUUCGACGGCCAGAAGAUAUGCAUUGUCUACGAAGACGGAGCGGUGAUUGUGGGCUCAGUCGACGGCAAUAGGCUUUGGGGCAAAGAGUUGAAGGGUAUGCGUCUGUCUCAGGUCGAGUGGUCGCCCGACGGCCGACUCAUACUGUUUGGUGUAUUGGACUCUGAAGUGCAUGUUUACGACCAAAACGGAAACUUCUUGACCAAAGUGUCUCUGCAGGCAAUUCAGGGACUGUACGCCCGUUCGGCCGCUUACGGGACGGCCGCCCAAGUGAUAGGCAUUCGUUGGUUUAACGGCACAGCAGUGGCCAAGUCUAAAGAGAGCCAAUCGCUGGCCAUAGCCUUCGAGACCGGACGCAUACAACUGAUGCGAUACGAGUCCGACGACAAUCCCAUUGUCUUCGACACAGAGAUCCGGGUGUCGAGCAUCUGCUGGAAUACCGCCGGAACCGUACUCUCUGUGACCGGUUGUGUGGACACCGAAGGCGACAAUAAACGCAAUUUCAUCAAGUUUUACAACCAAUCGGGAGAACUGAUACAAACACUACGAGUGCCCGGAAAGGAGAUCUACUCGUCUUCCUGGGAGAGGGAGGGCCUUAGGAUAGCGCUGGCCGUCGAUUCGUAUAUAUUCUUCGCCAACAUUAGGCCCGACUAUAAGUGGUGUUACUUCGCGUCGACAGUUGUCUACGCUUUGGCGCCCAAUACCGGAACCACAGGUCAGGCGGCGACCGGCGAUGAAUACCAGACCCAAUCGACGGCACUGAGCGCCGGACCCGUCGACACCAUAGUCUUCUGGCACAUCCCAUCCGAGACCAAACACGUGAAGAGUGUCCGGAAUCUGCUUCAGAUCUCUUCGCACGCACUCCAGUGUGUGAUCGCAACCAAAUGCGAUGAUCCGGGCGUUAAGAAACGGGACACGAGUUCACUGAUCGUAUGCAACGCCAUCGGCACUCCUGUGGACAUGACUAACAUCGAGCUCUAUGUCCACUAUCUGGCGGUGAACAGCACUCGAGUGGUGGCCGCCUCGAGGGACUCGUUCCUGUUGUGGCGCUUCCGGGCGCCCACAGCCGCCGCUCUGAUGGCCCCCAAAGGGAUCGCCGCUCAGAGAAUCACGUACUCAGAGAUGGGUUUGUCGAUGGAUGGCAUGGACUCGGAUGACGACCAACCCGUGCGCACGACAUUCAUCUCACAUAACGAUCCCAUUUGUGGUAUCGUUUGCUCCGAAAAGGAUCUGAUUGUGGCUCAAGAGUCGGGUACUUUUCAGCACUAUUUGCUGCCAAACGUGUCGCUCGUCUCCAAGUUUAACAUUCAGUGCCAGACGUCGAGAAUGGCGUUGAAUCGGGACUCGAGUCGGUUGGCUAUCAUCGACACAAUCGGCACACUUUUGGUCUACGAUUUGGAGGCCAACAGUACUACCGAUCGGUCGGAGUCUUCGGGAAAGUUACUGGAGUUCGAGCGCCACGACGUGUGGGACGUGAAGUGGGCUUCAGAUGACGCCGAUAUGAUGGCUAUCACCGAAAAGACCAAACUCUGUGUGUUUAACAUGAAAACACUGGAGGCAGAGCCCGACCCCUUCGCCAGCAGUGGUCACAUCUGUGUCUUCGAAGAGCUCACACUUCGGACAGUAUUGUUGGACGAGUUGGUCAACGAUAACCGACAGACGGGUGGCGGCGGCGGAAGCGGUGACGAACAGAUACUUUCCAUCGGCGGUCAUGUCGUUGACUACGAGACCAAAUCGUUGGCCGACGCGCGACAGAUGUUGGAGACGGCGGCCGAUCUCCGGGAGGCGACCAGUUAUAUCGAGAGACAGUCACACCCGAGACUGUGGCGCCUGUUAUGCGAGACAGCGCUCCGGGCGUUGGCUCUGGACGUGGCGGAGGUAGCGAUGGUUAAGUGUCGCGACUAUAAAGGCAUACAAUUUGUGAAACGAGUGAAACAAUUGCAAAACGAGUCGCUCAAGAGGGCGGAGAUUAUGGCCUAUUUCGGCGACUUUGACGCCUCCGAGCGCUUGUAUCUGGAGGUCGAUCGCAGAGAUCUGGCCAUUGAGUUGCGGCGAACGCUGGGUCAGUACCAGCGAGUGGUGGAACUGCUUCAGGGCUCGGACUUCGGCACCGCCGAUGACCAUCAGAUGCGGGACGCGUUGUGCUCUCUCGGCGACUACUUCGCCGACCGACACGACUGGGAAGAGGCGGUCGUUCACUACGAGAGGUCCGGCGCUUACGACCGGCUCUUCGAGUGCUAUUGUUUGCUCGAGAACUACGACGGGCUCAAGAAGUUGGUCACAAACUUCGCCGACAGUCACCCAAUACUGGCUGAGUUCGGCCGCACCUUCGAGUCGGUGGGUAUGUGUCUCGAGGCGGUCGACGCCUACCGCAGGGGCCGUAAGAUAGAUCUGGCCAUUGAUUGUUGCGUUCAUAUGAGUGAAUGGAAACUCGCCAUCGAUUUGGCGCACGAAUACGAUGUGCCGGAUAUCGACGGCCUUCUGUCCAAAUACGCGGAACACCUGCUGUCGAAACACCGCUUCUUCGACAUCGUUGAGCUCUACCGGAAGGCCAACAAACUGUCCGAAGCGUCCGCUAUGUUAUUGAAAGUGAUUAAAGAUAGCAAACGCGACGCCAAAGCGGAUCCCAUUGUACUGAAAAAGUUGUAUACAUUAGUGGGUCUUCUGCACGAAGAGAGCCGCCGAUCGCCGAACCGGUCGUCCACUCAGACCAAGAAGUCAUCGGCGCUGACGGCUCUCCUCAACGACGACUCCUUUCAGUUUGAAAACACAAAUUACAUGGUUUUGGACGAGCCGUGGAAGGGUGCCGAAGCCUACCAUUUCCUGAUCCUAUGUCAGCGACAACUAUACGACGGAUACUUUGACUCAGCCAUGAAAACGGCGCUUCAUUUGCGCGACUUCGAGGACUUUAUAGACGCCGAAGAGAUCUACUGUCUUCUGGGACUCGCGAGUGCGGCCAACAAAGCCUUCUCCAUCUGUUCCAAAGCGUUCAUAAAACUGGAAUCGUUGGAAUCGAUUGCCGAAGAACGCCGACAACUGUACGAAGAGCUGGCGAUUCAGAUAUUUAGCGCGAAUCCGCCCAAAGACUGGCGAUCGGCGGCCAAAAGCGAGUGCACGGCUUGCGAGACAAUGAUCUCUGAUUGGCUGACUGUGUGUCCCUCGUGUCACAUGAAGUUCUCCAUAUGUGUGGCGAGCGGUCGACCGAUAAUGGACUCAACCAAACAGUGGACGUGUGGCCGAUGCGGACAUCACGCCUAUAAAGCAGAUUUGGUUACGUUUAACAACUGUCCGCUCUGUCAUCAAAGUGUUCAACAGAAGCGCACCUAA